CCGGUAUUAAUUUUCUCUUUAAUAAUAUCUUUUAUUGGUUGCAUUGUUUAUGCAAUUAUGCAAAAGUGAUUCUCAGCAAGUCGAAUCAUUGAUUGAAAAGUGUACUAAAUCACGUGUGUUGCUCUUAAUAAUACGAUAGAGAUGUGGCAUUUAACUUCAAGUGAACUCCUGCUGGAAUCACCGGUUCGGACUCCCCUGCCACUGGACCCACAGAUACUAUUGUUACUCCUUCCAUGGAAGCUACUGAACCUGAAAACACUAGUGAACACCAGGAGCUAGUCUUGGGCCGAGGACAAAGGCAUAAGACUCCCUCGGUCCGACUCAAGGACUACGUUACACAUACAGUAAUAAAAAACAGUCCAUUCCCUGUUCAUUCUGCUCCAUCACCCUCUUCAGGUACGCCGUUCCCUAUAACUCAUUAUAUUACUUGUGAUGCUUUUUCUCCCAAACAUCAAGCUUACUUGGCAGCUUUACACUCUAUAACGGAACCACAUUCUUUCCAAGAGGCUGUCAAAGAUGAAGGGUGGCGGACUGCCAUGCGUGCUGAGAUUCAAGCUCUCGAAAAGAAUGCUACUUGGAGUCUGGUUACACUACCUCCCGGCAAACGGGCACUGGGGUGUAGAUGGGUCUAUAAAAUUAAACAUAAAUCUGACGGUAGCAUUGAACGUCUAAAGGCUCGUCUUGUUAUUUUUGGGAACCGUCAGGUUGCUGGUCUCGAUUAUACGGAGACAUUUGCCCCCGUUGCCAAAAUGGUGACCGUUCGGGCAUUUUUAGCUAUUGCUGCAUGUAAGAAUUGGGAAUUGCACCAGAUGGAUGUUCAUAAUGCAUUUCUGCAUGGUGACUUAAAUGAGGAAGUCUACAUGACUAUUCCACCAGGCUAUCGCACUCAGGACCCGACUUUGGUCUGCCGUCUUCACAAAUCUCUAUACGGACUUAAGCAAGCACCCCGAUGUUGGUUCGCAAAACUAGUCACGGCUCUUAAAACCUACGGUUUUCUCCAGUCAUAUGCUGAUUAUUCCUUGUUUACAUUGACUCGUGGAGAAACUCAACUCAACAUUUUGGUCUAUGUUGAUGACCUUCUUAUUGCUGGAAAUAACAGCGAUGCCAUUUCUCGGUUCAAAUCAUAUCUUAAUUCUUGUUUUCACAUGAAGGAUUUGGGAAAGCUUAAAUACUUUCUUGGCAUUGAGGUGGCUCGCAGUUCUACUGGGAUUUUCCUUACUCAAAGAAAAUAUGCUCUGGAUAUUAUCACUGAAACUGGUCUUUUGGGAGCUAAGCCGGCUACAUUUCCAAUAGAGCAGAAUCAUGGUCUCGGCCAUGCAACAGGGGCACCACUGGCCGAUCCCGAACCAUAUCGGCGGUUGGUUGGUCGCCUUAUUUACUUGGCGGUCACUCGUCCUGAUAUUACUUACUCUGUGCAUAUCUUGUCCCAAUUCAUGCAAAAACCCCUGACAGAGCAUUGGUCUGCAGCUUUGCGGGUAGUCCGAUAUCUCAAAGGCUCUCCUGGACAAGGUAUUCUCUUACGAGCUGAUAGUGAUCUUACCCUGGUUGGUUGGUGCGACUCUGACUGGGCCGCAUGUCCUGUUACUAGGCGGUCUAUUUCUGGUUGGUUAGUGUUUCUUGGACACUCUCCAAUUUCUUGGAAAGCCAAGAAACAAUCUACAGUCGCCCGCUCAUCAGCUGAAGCUGAAUAUCGCUCUAUGGCAUCUGCCACAUGUGAACUUAAAUGGUUGAAAGCGUUACUUUUGAGCUUGGGUAUUCACCAUCCUCAAGCCAUACCGCUCUACUGUGAUAGUCAGUCUGCACUUCAUAUUGCAAAUAAUCCAGUGUUCCAUGAACGAACUAAACAUAUUGAAGUGGACUGUCAUUUUGUCCGUGAUGCCGUUCAAGCUCAACUCAUUGCACCUCAUUAUGUUCCUACAACCAUGCAACUUGCUGAUAUUUUCACCAAGGCUCUUGGGAAAACUCAGUUUCACACUCUUUUACGCAAGUUGGGCAUUUUAAAUCCCCAUGCUCCAACUUGAGGGGGGGUAUUGGGGCGUUAACUAUUUAUGGGCAAAAAUCAGUUUGUGUAUUUGCUUGAUUCUUGGACUCUUUAUUUUAGGUUUCCUUUGAUUUUAUUCCUAGAUUAUAGCCACCGCCUACCAAAUGGCAGAGUAUGACUCUUGUAUAAAAGGUGGAGACACCUUCGAUUAACAGAGAAUAACAAAACCUAUUAUUUGAUCUUUCUUCUUUGAUUUGCUGCGUAUAUACACAGAAAACAACAGUCAUCCCAUGAAAAAGAUUCAAUUGCAGCUUUCGAUAUAUUGUCUAUUUGAGCUUUGAUAAAGUUGAAUUGAACGACCCAAUUGCUGCUCUCUAUCAUCUUCCCUCUUUAAUUUGUUCAAACUACUCAAAUGAAUAACGUGGCUAUAGGACUGUUUCAUGAAAUAGAUUUUCAAAAUUUAAAUGUUUUUAAUUAGCUCAAAUUUAUUGUUGUCUAGUCUGAUCUUGUUCAGUUUAAGCGUGGUUUAAUUAGUCAGAUCCGGUAGAGGUGCGGUGUAUGCGUAUUUGUUGACUGCAGAAAUCCGGUUUGGUGUGACCUAUUUAAAUCGAGUAAAGGGUCAGUUUGGUACUCGAACUUGUAAAAUAAGUGUAAAAUAAGUCCUUAUAUAGAAGAUUAUGUCCGGACGUGCCAUUUGAGGUGGCUCCCGG